UCAAGUCACCUGGUUGGCUGCUGACUCGGCGGCAGCGCUUUCAAGAGUCAUGUUGAAAGCGGACGGAUGUUAACGUGAACGUUUCCCCUUUUUUAACAGCAAAAUGCGUUGAUGGGGUAAGAGUAAGUGCGAAACAUUCAUAUCCGCCAUGUUCGUGCUGUUUUUACCGCUUCAAACUGCGAGGCGGGCUUCCUGGUUCACUUUCUGACCCCCGCUCGAGUCCACUUUUUGACGAUGAUGAUGGCCGACUGGCUUCGCUUCUCCGCCUUGCUGCUGACGCUCGGUCUCCCCGCGGCGGCGUCGGGCUCCGAGCGGCCGCACAUCGUGUUCAUCCUGGCGGACGACUUGGGCUGGUACGACGUGGGCUACCACGGCUCGGAGAUCAAGACGCCCAACCUGGACAAGCUGUCGGCCGCGGGGGUCCGCCUGGAGAACUACUACGUCCAGCCGCUGUGCACCCCGUCCAGGAACCAACUCAUGACCGGGCGGUACCAGGUGAGAAACCCGGACGAUGCCGCACUCCACCCGGCCUCGUCACAACAAAGUCCCCGGAGACCAAUCCACACGGGCAUGCAGCACCAGAUCAUCUGGCCGUGUCAGCCGUACUGCGUGCCGCUGGACGAGACGCUGCUGCCUCAGCUGCUGUCCGAGGCGGGCUACGCCACGCACAUGGUGGGCAAGUGGCACCUGGGCAUGUACAAGAAGGACUGCCUGCCCACGCGCCGCGGCUUCCACUCCUACUUUGGCUAUCUGACGGGCAGCGAGGACUACUACACUCACGUCCAUUGUAACAACAUCACCUCUCUCAACCUGAGCCGCUGCGCUUUGGACCUGCGGGAGGAGGAAGCGGCCGCCGCGGGAUACAGAGGCCACUACUCCACCGAGCUGUUCGGCCAGAGGGCCGUCCGGAUCGUCGCCGAGCACGACCCCAAAAAGCCUCUCUUCCUGUAUGUGGCGCUGCAAGCCGUCCACGCGCCCCUGCAGGUGCCCGAACGCUACGUGGAGCCCUACGCCUUCAUCCGGGACCCGCAACGCCGCAUGUACGCUGGCAUGGUGGCGGCCAUGGACGAGGCGGUGGGCAACAUCAGCUCGGCGUUGCGGCAGGCCGGACUUUGGGGCAACACUGUCCUGGUAUUCUCCACAGAUAACGGCGGCCAGACACUGUUUGGCGGCAGCAACUGGCCGCUGCGAGGCAGGAAGUGGUCGCUGUGGGAGGGAGGAGUCCGCGGCGUGGGAUUCGUGUCCGGGCCGCUCGUCGAGCGGCCGGGCGGCGCCAGCCGGGAGCUGAUCCACGUCUCUGAUUGGCUGCCCACGCUGGUGGGACUUGCCGGCGGCAGCCUCAACGCCACCAAACCUCUGGACGGAUUCGACGUGUGGAACGCCAUCAGCAAAGGCUUUGCCUCGCCCCGACUGGAGCUGCUGCACAACAUUGACCCAAUGUACGUCGACGUCGCCCCAUGUCCCGGCUCGGAGCGUCUGCGAGCGUCAGAUCAGAGCGCCGACGGCAAAGGAGCCUUCCGGUCCGGCUUCAACGUGUCCAUCCACGCCGCCAUCAGAUCCUCGAAGUGGAAGCUGCUCACGGGAUAUCCGGGUUGCGACGUUUGGUUCCCGCGGCCCGGCCACAACAUCUCCUCGUCCCCUCGCCGCUCCUCGCCGCUGAAGCCCGUGAUGCUGUUCGACGUGGACAUCGACCCCGAGGAGAGGAACGAGGUGUCGGCCGGCUACCCCGCCGUGGUCGACCGCCUCCUGGGCCGGCUGCGCCACCACCAGCAGAGCGCUCUGCCCGUGCGCUUCCCCGACGAGGACCCGCGCUGUGACCCGGGCCCCGCCGGAGCCUGGGGACCCUGGGCCUAGAUGACCGUCUGCUCGGAAGAGGAACAGGAUUUUGUAUGCACGUCCUGGAUAUUUUAAUGGGACCGCAAUACAGUAAUUGCGAUAUUUUGUAUGUAUACAUUGACUGAUCUAAGGUUGGACAUUGCUGUGUCAGCUUAAUAAGAAACAAAGAAAUGUUAGCGCCAUUGCUGUCAUUCCUUGGAUUCAAACGGCUUUGUGCUAAAGGGGUUAGCGCGCUAUUUGUGAUCGGCGGGUGAGGAAUUUGGCAUGUUGCUUCACUUGGGGGAAUCAUUUGCAAGCCUGGAAUCCAAGCGGGAGAAGCUAAUUUUCUUUGGACAUAUAUGCUCUUUGAACCUUGACCCCCUGGCGUUUGACCUCGCCGAGGAAGGAAACCCCCGACACUCCCCCUUCCUCCCGAACCCUAAUGCUGGGAGGGUGACCUUUGAACCGCCGUGUCAACAUGUGGACACCAAAAAUGUUUCUCAAGAAACCAUGACAGAACAGACAGGAAUUCUGCCAUUUUGUCUCUGUAUCCAAGAGUAGACGUAAAGAUGCUUUUAUUUUUCUUCUGGAUGGACCAACUAAAAUAAGCGAAAGGCUCGAGUUGCGCAGUCAAGGGUAGUCCAGCAAUCCCUCCAUAAGCGUCCAUUUUCACUCGACCUGUACGUGUAGACAUGUCUUGCUCACUGACGUUUUGCACACCUGCCCGCAGUUUGCACAUUUCUAACUUCUCUAUGUACAUUUGAACUUUAUUUUCAUCAACAAUGGGAGAACUGACAAGACUACAGAGGGGAUCGAAUAAAGUCUGCUUAUAAAUUGGAUCAAUGUUUCCCAAAUUUGGCCCAAUUUAUCCUUUUUGGAAUCCAAAUAAACAUAAAAAAAUAUAUAUAUAUAUAUAUAUACCGAUACAACUAUUGCUCUACUAAUGUUGAGGGAUUUAAUGGCUUGUAAUAUCUGUUAAAAUUAAAGAAACAUUGCAAGUUAUGCACUGAUUUCCUGCCAAAAUGAAAAGAAUGAAUCCAUUUAGCAAGAAAACGUUUUUUACUUUAGUGGGCCACAUAAAAAUGAUGGUCCUCCUUAGAAUUCCAACUCUCCGCUCAGCUGUUCGCCUUCCCGAUAAAAAGGGAUUAAGACUCAGAUUGAAACAGAGUUGGCUGCCUCGCAGCGCCAGACGAUGACAGGGAACGCCCAGCUGCUUUCAGACAUUCAAGUCGUGCCUUUCAAUUACUUACAUACAGGCCUUAAUAAAUAGGGUAUAGUAUGGAAAGAGUAUGGUGUGUUCAUAAUGUUAAUUCAUUCAUUUUCAUAUUUUUUUUUUUUUUUAUA